ACCAAUAUUAUUAACGUUGUCAAUCUGCUGAAAUAAUUCGUUUCUAAUAUAAAUAAAUAAAUAAAUAAAUAAUAAUAAUAAUAAUAAUAAUAAUAAUAAUAAUAACAAUAAUAUCCAUAGAGCAGCUUGAUGGUCUCUCGUAGCUUCCCCACCGUCGAUCCUCCCCACCCUUCAGAUCAACGGUCCUCAUUCAAUCCCAUUAAUCCUCCACUACAUACAUAUAUACUGACACAGUCACCACUUCAUCUUCUCCAUUCUCCACACACAGACACACACACACAGAAAUAUGUAUACAAUAUCUAUAUAUGUAUAUAUACAUAUACAUACAUGUACAUAUAUAUUGAAGGGCUAAUUGCAUGGAUCUCGACACAUGUUCUUCAUCUCAGUGCAGAGGCAAUCAUCAAAAUCAAAAUCUUCAUCUUCAUCUUCAUCCUGAUAUUUACAAAUAUCAAACUCCUCCAAAUCUCCAUGAAAAUCCGUACUCUUCGUCAUCAUCUUCUUCCCUUUUACAGAAUCUCGAUGAUCACAGCCACUUCAAUUUCAUGGCAGAACCACCACCACCACCCAGCCAGGCAGGAGCAGUACUGUACGAUCCAUUGGAUCACCAAAACCCUAAUCAAUUGAUCAAUAAUAUCCAAUUGCAGUACCCUUAUAAUUUCCCUCAGAUCAAUAUCAUAAACCCUAAUCACCAUCAAAGCUCGACCACUGCUUAUUUCCACGAUUCAGAUCAUCAUGCUUCUAUGGAAGCUCUGCAGUAUCAGCGGCCGUUGGAUCUGCAGAUGAUGAUGAUGAUGAUGAGCUCCCCGCCAGAUUAUCAUCAUAAUCAGCGCAUCAUUGAUCAUGAUUCCUGCACCUUCACGAUAAUACCAGAUCGUGUUGAUAAUAAUAAUAAAAAUAAUAUUACUAUUAAUAAUGGUAAUAAUAACAAUGUUUCUGCUGCAAAUGAUCAGAAGGCUAAGAGGAAGAGAUUUGUGGAUAAAAAGUCUGAAAUAAUUAAAGGCCAGUGGACGUCUGAUGAAGAUAGAUUGCUGGUGGAGUUGGUGGAGAAGCAUGGAGUGAGAAAAUGGUCAUCCAUAGCCAAAAUGCUUCCUGGGAGAAUUGGGAAGCAGUGCAGAGAAAGAUGGCAUAAUCAUUUAAAGCCUAACAUUAAGAAAGACCGGUGGUCGGAGGAAGAAGACAAGAAACUGAUCGAGGCCCACCGGCAGCUGGGCAACCGGUGGGCGGAGAUUGCCCGGAGCCUCCCGGGGAGGAGCGAGAACACCAUCAAGAACCACUGGAACGCCACCAAGAGAAGGCACCUCUCAUCCCAGCGUCGCACGUCAUCUUCCAGCCCGACUCCCGCAUCUGCUUUACAAGACUACAUCAAGACUCUCCUCGAUAAUUCUAACUCCGCCGACACCGUGAAGAACGCCUCAUCAGGCCACUCUGCAUCCACCUCCCCAGCUCAUCACAGUAAAUUGAAGCAGGAAGUGGACAAUAUUGAAAUUGAUCAAGAUCAAGAUCAAGAAAGGUCGAUCGAGUCAAUAAUGGCGCAGAGUAAUGUUACUCAGGCUGAUAGCAGUUGCGAUCAGCAGCAACAACACCACAACAUGACUUCUGAGUUGCAGAAAGAGAUGGAUUUCAUGGAGAUGCUCUCUUUCACCUACAUUUAG